AUGGCGGGGGUGGGCCUGGCUCCCGUGGCCGCUUGGGUACCUUGUCGCAGGUGGGGCUGGGCGGCAGUCACCCUCGGCUUCCACCAUGGUCUCAGCAUGUUACUUGCACGGAAGACCGAGCGGGCGCCACAGUGGUUCCGAGCUUGCAGACACAAGACAUCAGUCUCUUUCCUUAGUCGACCAGACCUCCCAAACCUGGCUUAUAAAAGGCUGAAAGGCAAAAGUCCAGGAAUUAUCUUCAUCCCUGGCUAUAUUUCUAAUAUGAAUGGUACAAAAGCAUUGGCGAUUGAGGAGUUUUGCAAAUCUCUAGGUCACGCCUAUAUAAGGUUUGAUUACUCAGGAGUUGGAAAUUCAGAUGGUAACUUAGAAGAAUGCACAGUGGGCAAGUGGAGAAAAGAUGUUCUUUCUAUAAUUGAUGACUUGGCUGAAGGGCCACAGAUCCUGGUUGGAUCCAGCCUUGGUGGGUGGCUCAUGUUUCACGCUGCAAUCGCACGGCCACAGAAGGUUGCUGCCCUCGUCGGCGUAGCGGCGGCUGUGGAUGGCCUGGUGACGCAGUUUAACCAGCUUCCUGUCGAGACAAAAAAGGAAAUAGAGAUGAAAGGUGUGUGGCCCAUGCCAUCAAAAUACAGUGAAGAAGGAGUUUACCGCAUCCAGUACAGUGUCAUUAAAGAAGCGGAGCAUCACUGCCUGCUGCACAGCCCCAUUCCUGUGACGUGUCCCGUGAGACUGCUCCACGGCAUGAAGGAUGACAGCGUACCGUGGCAUACGGCUGUGCAGGUUGCUGACCGAGUAGUUAGCACAGACGUAGAUGUCAUCCUCCGGAAGAACAGUGAUCACCGAAUGAAGGAAAAAGCAGACAUUCAACUUCUGGUUUACACUAUUGAUGACUUAAUUGAUAAGCUUUCAACCAUAGUUCACUAG